AGCGACGCAAAGCCGCGCGUCCCAUACAAUUUCCAGAGGCAGCAGCCAAAAUGGGGCUUGCCUUUUCCCGCAUCUGGGAGCGCAUGUUCGGCAAGAAGGAGAUGCGGAUCUUGAUGGUCGGCCUCGACGCCGCCGGUAAGACGACCAUCCUCUACAAGCUCAAGCUCGGCGAGGUCGUCACGACGAUCCCCACGAUCGGCUUCAACGUCGAGACGGUCGAGUACAAGAACAUCUCGUUCACGGUCUGGGACGUCGGAGGUCAGGACAAGAUCCGCCCGCUCUGGCGCCACUACUACCAGAACACGCAGGGCCUCAUCUUCGUCGUCGACUCCAACGACCGGGACCGCGUGGACAACGCCCGCGACGAGCUCCACCGCAUGCUCAACGAGGACGAGCUCCGCGAGUCGAUCCUCCUCGUCUUCGCGAACAAGCAGGACCUGCCCAACGCCAUGUCGGCCGCGGAGAUGACCGACAAGCUCGGCCUCAACGGCCUCCGCCACCGCCAGUGGUACAUCCAGGCGUGCUGCGCGACGACGGGCGACGGCCUCUACGAGGGCCUCGACUGGCUCUCCGCGACGCUCACCAAGCGCAAGCCCUAAGCGGGGGCCUCGGGCGGCGCCGCCGUGCUCGGCGGCACGCCCGGACCCGCGCUCCCCCCCACCAUGCGUCGCGGAGGCGUCGCGUCGACGACCGCGGCGGGCCUCGAAACGCUCGCCGCGGCCGCGCGACCGGCGGCCCCGCGCGCCUGAUCCCCCCUGCGACAUACCCAGCCCGUGUGCCGCGCCGCUCAUCCUAAAUUUCAAGUACACCUCGG